AUCUUUGGCGUCAGCGAAAAGGUCGCAGCAGUCAAGAUGUAUGGCGUCACAAGCUGAACACACAGAGGCAAACAAGACUUGUAACCCGUAAACCUCGAGCUAAAUUCCCGGAGAGAGGCAGUGAUACGACGCCGGUACACGCUGCGGCCUGACAUGGACGUCCAGCGUGGGUUGUAGACUUCUGCAUCGGGACGAAGAGGAUGGGCCCCGCAUGCCGCUUUCUUAGGAGAUGUCUCUGGGUCGGCUCCUGCGGCGCGCCUCAUCCAAGGCCUCCGACCUCUUGACCUUUAACCCCGGCGCGGCGCAGCGCUCGGGCCUGGACGGAGAGAUCAUUUACUCCAAAAAUAAUGUGUGCGUGCACCCUACAGAGCCGUUGCCGGGCCUGGCGGAACACCACCCAGGCUACCUGUGCGUGCACGUGGAGAAGGAUGAGAGCCUGGGCACCACUCUCAUUUUGACCUGGGUACCCAACUCGCGUAUCCAGAGGCAGGACGAAGAGGCGCUGCGCUACAUCACGCCUGACAGUUCGCCCGUGCGACGCCACGCGCGGCGCAGAGGCAGACGAGCGCACUCGCGCCCGCCAGCUGCGCAAGUGGAAGAAGAAGACGAAGAGACGAACCUCACUUGCAGCUCCUCUGUGGAGAGCCACGGUUCGGCGGAGAGCGGGACGGACCGCCCCCCAGUGCAGCACAAGCGGCUGGGCGAGGAGGGCGACGAGGGCUCCUGUGAGCUCUCGGACGAAGUGAGCACCGUGGGCUCUGACUCGGACACCUUCUCCUCGCCCUUCUGCUUGUCACCCGUCAGCGAAGCGCUCUGCGAGAGCGGCAGCUCUGUCUUCUUGGACAGUGAUAGCAGCCCCCAGGGUGCAAUACCGCAUGUGUCCAGUAGGCGACUCACUUCACCGUCUUCCAACGGCGACUGCAGGGAGCUGUCGGAGGAGCUCAUGCAGCAGUCGGUGAGCUCGGCCUCUAGCCUGGAGAGCAACGGCCAGUCGCAGGGCGCUCGCUGGGAGGAGCAGCAGAAGGUGCUGGCGCUGGAGCAGCUGUGCGGCGUCUUCCGAGUAGACCUGGGCCACAUGAGGUCGCUGCGCCUCUUCUUCAGUGAUGAAGCCUGCACCGGCGGCCAGCUGGUGAUAGCCAGCCGGGAGAGCCAGUACAAGGUCCUCCACUUUCACCACGCAGGCCUGGACAAGCUGGCCGAGGUUUUCCAACAGUGGAAGUGCUGCAGGGAGACACAGCAGGUGUCGAACGAGAAGUCCUGCAUGCAGUUCUCCAUCCAGAGGUCCACACUGCCGUCGGCCGAGAGCCAUCCCGAGGAGAAGCUCUACCGGAGGCUGGAUGUCGGCUCUUGGCUACGGCAUCUCAAUCAAAACGGCCAAGUGGAGGAGGAGUACAAGCUGCGCAAGGCCAUCUUCUUCGGGGGUAUCGAGCCAUCUAUCCGCGGCGAGGUGUGGCCCUUCCUCUUGCACUACUACAGCUACGACUCCAGCUCGCAGGAGAGGGAAGCGUGGAGGCUGCAGAAGCGGACGCAGUACCACGACGUCCAGCAGAGAAGGUUGAACAUGAGCCCCGAGGAGCACAGCGACUUCUGGCGGAAGGUCCAGUUCACGGUGGACAAGGAUGUGGUGAGGACGGACCGCAGCAACCAGUUCUUCAGGGGAGACAACAACCCCAACGUGGAGAUCAUGAGGCGCAUCCUGCUCAACUAUGCCGUGUUUAAUCCCGUCAUGGGCUACUGCCAGGGCAUGUCGGACCUGGUGGCCCCACUCCUGACCGAGAUCCAAGACGAAAGCGACACCUUCUGGUGCUUUGUGGGCCUCAUGGAGAACACCAUCUUCAUCAGCUCGCCGCGGGACGAGGACAUGGAGAGGCAGCUGAUGUACCUGCGUGAGCUGCUGCGCCUGAUGCUGCCCGACUUCCACCGGCACCUGAUGGCGCUGGGCGAGGAUGGGCUCCAGCUGCUCUUCUGCCACCGCUGGAUCCUCCUCUGCUUCAAGCGCGAGUUCCCCGACACGGACGCGCUUCGCAUGUGGGAGGCCUGCUGGGCGCACUACCAGACGGAUUACUUCCACCUGUUCCUGUGCGUGGCCAUCAUCGUCCUUUACGGCGAGGAUGUCACUGAUCAGCAGCUGGCCACUGACCAAAUGCUGCUGCACUUCAGCAACCUGUCUAUGCACAUGAACGGAGAGCUGGUGCUACGCAAGGCACGCAGCCUCCUCUACCAAUUCCGCCUCCUACCCAGAAUCCCUUGCAGUCUCCACGACCUGUGCAAAUUGUGCGGGCCGGGCAUGUGGGAUAGCCGCUACAUCCCUGCUGUGGAGUGUUCUGGCGAGCACGCGGACUCGCAGAGCUGCCCUUACGGGGGCACGUCCACGCCGCUGGCCUCCUCGCCCGUCCCCACGUGCACGCCCUCGCCCUCCACAGGCGCCAAGUCCCUGGAUAUUUUCACCUUCAGGAAACAGUCCUGAAAUUUGUGUCCUCGGUGCCGGGAUUCCUGGAGUGUCUUCCGCUCACCGUCUCGCCCAGGACACCUUUUAUGUGGUGCGGCGUCAGCCGAAAGCCGAGGUGGGCCGGGCCUCGCUUUCCAAGUGCAGCGGACAAUCGGCAGCCUUUGCGGACUCACCGAGGCGCCUUUGUCGUCAGCUGUUUGUGAACAUCUUUAUUAGAAGACGAAUAUUUUUCAACACAAAGCCCUCCUGCGCCGUGGAGGCUGAUUCUACUUUCUCUCUGUGGAUGCAAAUCCAUCCAUCAAUCGUAUAUCAUGUGCGCUCAGCUAUGUCCACACAGGACUCUGUCAAAAAAUCGACAAACUCGUUCACCCAAUCCCCCCACCCAUCUGCUUCUUCUUUGUUCUCACCUUACGCAAGUGACAAUUGCUGUUGUUUCAAUUUUGCCCAAAUGUUUGUUUGCUUCACUCCCACUUUUUUUGCGCCAACUCUUUAGUGCGUGUGUCUGUUAACUGGCGUGACCUUUUAAAACAUCUGGUAAUAAGUGGAGCGUAGAAGCACCCCUGCGCCCCCCAUUCUGUAAUUACAGCAUUCAUCGUGAAGAUGGAGCUGAAGAAAAGCAAGAACUUUGUAGCAGAGAUUCUUGAGCGAUUCUUAAAAGGGGCUGUGCCACAUGAAAGCGUCUAUCUCAGUUUUUUGGUUGUUUGGGGAAAAAAAACAAUGAGGGCAAAUCUUUUCUAAAUGACUCCACCUUAGAUUGGCCUGACUAUAGCGUGCUGCUAUGACACUCAAUGUUAUUCGUUUCAAGUCAGAUGACUUGGAAUGGACCAUCGGUUAAAAAUCAAGGGGUGAUAAUCGCAUCUGUCUGUCGAAAAAGAAGGAACCGUGUGCGCUUCGAACGAAGGCCAAGUGUGCAUGAGGGCAAGCUGUAGUUGUGUUCAUGAAUCAUCAGGUGUCUACUACCUAAAUCUUGUCGAGCCUUCAGGGAUUGCUGCUCGGGCUCGCUCACCAUCAAGACAAAUAGAAUCCAAAAUGCUGAGGGCAACUUUCAACCGCAACUGAACAUUUGGCCUGCAUUCGAUGUGUGUGCGUGUGUGGAGCGGGUUAAAGUCCUCUGUGAAUGCACCAGAUUGUCAUUUGUUCUUACAUCACUGGUCGUGGAAAUGAGCCUUUUUCUUGUUAUUCAUUAUAAAAAAUUAAAAAAAGCUUUACCUUCAAGAA